CACCACCACUUUGUCUCCUCCAUCCACCGGCCACUCUCCCCUCUACCGCUCCCCAAAAAGUCGCCAUGGCUUCAAUUGCCCGUCCUGCGCUGCUCCGGCAAGUCUGCAAUGCUGCCCCAACCCGGCGCAUGGCCUCCACCUUUGCCGGCUCGUCCCUCAAGCACCCCUCGCCUUUGACCCGGCGGCCCAUGCAAUCUGCGUUCGCGACCCCAGGAGCUUCCAGAGUCGCCGCCUUUCACGCCUCUGGUCGACGGCCUAUCCUCCCUCCACUUCCUCAGGUAGUUGACGGCGAUGUCAACAAACCAGCACCAAUUCCGGAACCCAGCGCGUCACAUGGCAGCUACCACUGGACCUUCGAGAGACUCAUAUCCGCAGGCCUGAUUCCUCUGACCAUUGCACCAUUCGCGGCAGGCUCCCUCAAUCCCCUCAUGGAUGCAUCUCUAUGCGCUCUCAUCAUCGUCCACUCGCACAUCGGCUUCCAAUCCAACAUCAUAGAUUACUUCCCAGAGAAGCGAAUUCCGCUCAUCCGAAAGGGCUCUUUCUGGCUGCUCCGGAUCGGCACCGUUCUGUUGGGUAUCAGCAUGUACAGCUUCGAAACAAACGAUGUCGGAAUCACUGAGGCUAUCAAGAGGAUUUGGCACGCAUAGCUGUAACAUAAACUUUUCUAUGGGUUGUAGUUUAGUGUUAGGGUUAUAUUGUUGCUCAAUGCGUCAUAGGAAAUGGAGACACCGUUCCAGGGCUAAGCACAAGAAAUGACCCGUUUUCACCAAUAAAGUCAUUAACUCUGAGUCAAGCAUAGGGCGAAGCAGACCAUUUGACACCGCUUUCGUAUUCUACCAGAUCAUACCAGUUGCAAGCAUUAUCCAAAAAGGAACAUAGUUGAC